AAUCAAAAUGCCAUGAAAAGAGAGGCGGAGAUGGUGGUGGUGGUUGUCUCAUCUUGUUUGGGUUCUGAUGAAGAACCGGAAGAAGAAGAAGAAGAAGAAGCAAAGAGCAGCAACAAUUCCAAUCAAAACAGCAACCUAGCACCCAGGGAGGAGGAGGAAGAAGAAGCAGAGGUGGAGGAGGAGGACGGAAACAAUGUCAAGAGAACUGAAAAAUUGUCGAAUGGAGUGGCGGUGUCAGGUUGCUUCCCUACCCACCGAAUCAAACAGAUAAUAAGGAGCGAGGGUGACUUCCGCACCAAUGCAGAGGCCAUUUUCCUUAUCAACCAAGCUACGGAGAAGUUCGUCGAAUCUUUAGCCGAAGAUGCAUAUGCUUGUUCUGGACAGCAUCACGAGAAAUAUAUUAACUACAAGCACCUCUUGUACGCCACACCUCGUCUGUUAAACAUUCUUAACCUUAUGCGGUCUGACAAAGCUAUCAACAUUCCUGUGCUGUUGGGGAAUGUCGCUUGGCAAAGUUCCUGCUGUUAUCAAUGUUACCGGUAUUGGGACCUUUCAUUACUGAUGCCUUGGCAUGCGCCCAUGCUUUUCCCAGAUAAUGUAAUUCUUAUGUGUUCUGAUCAUUCCUGUGGCAAUCACACAUUUUUGGGUCAUUCUUUUUAUGUUCUAGAUGUUGUGCCUAAAAAAAUGAGAGCAGAGGAUGCUUUGGAGGAGAAGAGAUUGGCCGGAACAUGA